CCUGCUGUGAAUGUGUGCGACUGUGUGUCAGACGUACCCAUCAUGGCCCCUGAGCAGCAGCUGAUCAGACGGACCGCCGCACCGCCGUCCUCCUCCACCCUGCCGGUGAGAGCCAGACACCGGCACCGGUGAAGAGGCUCCAUGUCUCCGUCGUCCUCCAUCAGGUAUCUGAGCAGGAGGGCUGCGCUCCAGCCCGCCAGAGCCAUGAAUACGGAUUAUACUACGAAUCUAUCGGUACAGCAGGUGCUCAGCCUUUGGGUCCACGGCACGGUACCGACCCUCCAGCACUUUACAGAGAUGUGGUACUGGGUGUUCCUGUGGUGUCUCUUCUCAUCUCUGUUCGUUCACAGCGCUGUUGGUCUGCUCAUGUGUGUGACACUACAGCGUCAUAAGCGAGGUCGUCUCAUCACACUGGUGCUCAUCAGUGUGGGCUUUCUGGCCUCUCUUACCGGAGGAGUCAUCACCAGUGCAGCAGUGGCAGGUGUAUAUCGUGUGGCAGGGAGGGACAUGGCUCCGUUGGAAGCUUUGGUGUUCGGUGUGGGCCAGACAAUAUUCACUGUCAUCAUCUCAUUCUCACGGAUCUUGGCCACGCUCUGAAUGGACAGGCUCAUUAACUAACAAACCCAACAGCAAACUUGCCGUCAGAAGAGGCGGGAACAAGAUUAAGUGGGCUAGGAUGAGGUGAGUGUGGUGAAAUCACAGAUGUGUGACCUGUGGUACAAAGAGAUAAGCUGUAGGUGUCACUCAUGACCAAUGGACCUCUUUGAAACCCUGUGGAACUGUUUGGAGAAUCUGACUGUUCAAAUCGCUAAAGCAAAAACAGCAUUAGAGCUGUUCAAAGACCAGUCACAGAAACUCAAUGAACGUGCCAAUUGCCUCAAUGGUGGAGAACUGAGAAGACUCUUUGGACAUUUGUUCAUUGUCUUCAUUUAACAUUUGUUUUGUUUUUGCACAUGGAUUGCUGCAGCUUUAAGUAAACUGCAUUGGAGUUGCAUUAGAGCGAUACAGUGGAAACAUGUGCCCAUAAUGCCUGCCUAUCUAUCUAACUAUCUGUCUAUCUUUCUUUCAUUCUUUUCUGUCUGUCUGUCAACCACCCUUUCAUUCUUGUCUGUCUUUCAAUCACUCUUUCAUUAUUGUCUGUCUGUCUGUCUCUCAACCACUCUUUCAUUCUUAUCUAUCUAUCUAUCUAUCUAUCUGUCUGUCUGUCAAUCACUGUUUCAUUCAUAUAUCUGUCUGCCUGUCUGUGAAUCGUUCUUUCAUUCAGUAUAUCGUUCUAUCCAUAUAGAUUUGACCGUUCUGUCUAUUGCUGGAUCUGUUUAUCGAUCUAUCGUUCUGUCUAUCUGUGAGCUGGACUGCUUGAAAGAUUCCAAUUUGUAUUAUGGAUUUUCACUGUGGUCCAACAGUAUUACCACAUCCAGUUUUCUUUUCUGAAAGAAAAUGGCUUCCAUUUUGCACUUUGUCUUAAAAGUGUGAUUUCUGUUGAACGUUAUGCUGGGGUGCUGCUUAACAACAAUAUGGACCUUAAUUCAAGGAGGUUUAGUUGUAAUCUGGUCUCUGUUAGCCAAUAUGAACUUAUCCACAAUGGAAUAAUGCCUUUUUUAACAGGGAAACAAUACAAUAUGGAGUCAAUUAUGGUAUUUAGUCAAAUUACAGUUUUAAUACAAUACAAAAUAAGACUCACUAUGGCCUAUAACCUCUUUGUCACGCACUAUUUUGGUUUGAUGUAAUCCAUUGUUUGGAUUAUAUCAUAGGGAAUAUGCCCUAUAAGUAUUCAAGUCUAUUAUGUUGUCCUUGUAAAAAUGUUAUUUCACAGUAAUCCGAGUCUUUAUGCAUAAUCCUAUUUUAUCCAACUUUACUGUCGCAAUACUCUCCCUGCUCGUUUAAGGGGAUUUUAAACCUCAGGCCUUAAAAGACGAUACAGACACCUCUGUGAGUUGAGUAAACACUGGUAUACAUCCUGGACUCCACAGUUUGACAGACUCGUGUUGUCUCUUAAUCUGAAUAGUGGAACUUGUAAUAGAAAUACAUCAAUAUUUAAAUACCCUCAUGUCAUCACAAAUGUGUAUGAUGUUAUUUUUCUCGCGUGAAAUUUCACACUGAUGCCAUAAUGAAAAUGGUCGCUCUUGCGUUUUAUUUUUAGUUUUUUCAACAGUUCUGAUGUGUGAAACUGCAAAUUGCACUGUUAAUAAUUUGCCUUUCAUACGUUUCCCAGUUCCUGGUGGACUUUACCAAAACAGUAUAUAUACUACAGAACUGUAUCGAUCAGGAGAGAGUGUUUUGGUGUUAAAGUGUUGAAUAGUGAAAGUUUUGCCGCCAUUGGCAGAUGAAGAGUGUGGAAUGUGAUAACGGUGACAGCGUGAGAACAGUGUGUUUUACGAAACCUCACAGCUGCCACUGGCAUUAUUAUUGACAAAACAAUGUUUUUGUUUCUGUUUUCUUGUUAUGAAUACCCAUGAAUUUAGACAUAAUGCCAUCAUUUUAUUUAUUAUGUAUACUGUCAUAAUCACCUGUUGGUUAAAGACUAUUCAAAUGUUUUGAACAUAAGCUUUUGGAAAGAUUUUUUUUUUUUUUUAGCAUUUUGAGGUUUGCAUAAAAUGCAUUUCAAAGGUAUUUUUAAGGCAGUAUAGUGCAUUUAUAAUUCUUUUACAAUAACUGUUAUAAAACCACACUUACAUGAAUUAUUAUAUUUUGUAAUUAUUUUAUAAUGUAAUAACCCUUAAAGUGCAUUUAAACACAUGAUGAUCGACAUCAGAAUUCAAAUUCACCAAAAGUGAUUGCAAUGUAUAUUAUAAGGUAUUAUGUAAUACUUUAUGAAGCAUUAAACACCUUUAAAAUGCAAUAAAUAUACAUAUUUCAUAGAUAGUGUUACCAUUUUUGAAACAAUGAACAAACUCUGUGAUUAAUUCAAUUUGCUACCUGUUUUAUUUUGAAGUUUUACUUUGAAGCAUUACAUUACAUUUUCCAUAGCAUGUGAGCCAUCUCUAAAACUCAAAACAGGCAUUUAAAUAUCUCGUCUUUCAAAAUCUCUCUCUUCAGUCUGAUGCCAAAACUUCCCCAUUUAUGUCGGUAUUAUUAAGUAUUACAAAACAGCAUAUUCCACAUGUAUACUGUAUGUUUAUUAACUGUUCAUCUGUUGCUACUGUGUCAAACCGAAUAACAUGUCGUUCAGUUCAAUCACUGUAUUGUAUGAAAUAAGCGACGUCUCCAUUCACUGAUACGCACAGAACCAUUGCUCUAUUCUAUAGUCAGACACAUUAAUGUUUAUUUAAGCCAAAGUUUUCCUUAAAUCUUCAGCUUUAGUACUUUUUUAAGUGGAUAUCAGUUUUUAAACAGUAUUUGUUUAUGACUUUUAUAUUACGUGUUUUUGCUUGUCAAACCUCUUAGCACUAACUAAUGAACCAAUCUUAAGGCCUGAAGAAGUGUAAGGCUGUUUUUCAUUUUUUUAUAUGGUGAAAGAUGUUAUGUGAUUAUUUGAAGGUUCUGAUGAGGGCAUUGGUUGUAAUUGCUGUUUAUUCCAAUUUAUUUCCAAUGUUAUGCAACUAGUAGUUCACUUUAAGUACCAGACCAACACUGAAGGGGGCGCCAGAGUACUGUGAAUGAGUGUUCAAAGGCAUAAGAAAUAAUGAUUGUAGCUCUUCUGCAGAAUUAUGCAGAGGUGGAAAAUAGAGUCACUUUGAAAUAACAAUUACUGUCCUGUUGUUUAUUCAUAUUUACAUUUUUUAAUUGCCUCAUUAUGUAAUUAAGUGCUAUACGGAGUUGUCCAGCACUGUUUUGACUUGGGCUGUAUUAAGAUUAGAAUACUGCCAUAUAACUCCUACUACAUUUGCCAAAACAUGCAACCGAACAGAGAACGUUCCAGCAACUAAAGGCUAAAGUUUAAGAACGAAUGUUGUUAACAAUGUUAAUUAAACAUAUUUACAAUGUUACUAGCAUAAUAGGGAACACCCUUAAAAUGUUAUUAGUAUAAACAAAUGUUUUAUUAAAAGUUAUUAUUCUAAAAAGGUUUUCACGUUUUCAGGAAUGUUAUGCUAACCUUUAAAUAACCUUCUACUUUUGUUAAGAAUACUGGAUAUAUUUAUGUUCACACAACCACAAUGUAACGUUUGGAAAAUGUUUUAAGAACUUGUUAAAGAAUUUGUUAGCUGUUCGCUAAUCAUUUUUAACGUGACAGAUUAUUUGAUUAGACUUCUAAACGUUAAGGCAUUUUUACACAAACUUGGAUUAUAAUUUUUUAAUUGACCAUAUUUAUUUCUGGGAUGAAAACUGGAUGACACUCUGAAUUAAAAAUGCAACUUAAUGAGGUCAUGUGAUGACAAUUUUUGAAACAUUUAUCGUUACACAUUACACUUUUUCACAUACUACAUAUGGUAAAAUAGUACGCAGUGUACAGUAUAUACUGUGCAUUCAGAAGUACGCUACGUUUUACAUUGUUUUGGCAAAAUGUGUUGCAUCUCUGUAUGUCAGUUGAUUCCAUUUUAAUUGGAUUUCCCUUAAAAUGUUUAUUACUUGUUGAUCAGCUGUUUUUCAAAAACACAAAUUCAAGAAAAGAAAUGAGAAUUAAGAAAAUGAGAAAUGUCAUUUUAAAACUCAUGCCAUAUAUUAACGUAUCAUGUGUGUUUAACAUGAUAAGCUGUAUUUGAGUGACAUAUUUCUGAAAAAGAGCCCUAAGCUUUAGGUUUAUUGUCAUGUCAUGAGUAUGAUAACCUUGUGUUUGUGUUCAUGAGUGAAGUUGUAGAUACAUGUUAGAGAUGUGUUCAAGUAUCCUGUUUGUGUAGUUGUCUGCAUGUAUGUAUGUAAUUUCGAGUGCAUACGAACACACUUUUACUGAUUUGACUGUCAUCAUAUUUCAUUUGGAGUGUUUUAUCUUUCAAAGACAGUUAAUUGGUUUUGAUUGUUUGGCUUCUUUGGUAAGUUUGAUUGAGAUCAGCUUGAAUAAAAGUACUAAGAGUUAUUUUGAAAUCGUUUUUGAAAGAUUUCUUUAAUUAAUUAUUUUAUUAUAGCUGCCUUUAAGAUUAUGGGUAUGUUUAAAGUAUCUUUUUUGUUCAGCCCAAGGUGGUUUGUUGAUACCAGCUGGUUCCCAUCUAAGACUUUUUGGUUAACAGAAUGUUCUGAAUAUGUUAGUUUUUUGGUUUCCAGAACAUUCUCAAAAUGGACAUUCUAACGUUCUCUUUAGGUAAGCCAGGAAAGCUUUUUUUAUUUAUUUUUUUUAAUUCUAAAUAGUAUGUUCCCUGUAAGUUUGGAGAAUGUUCUCCUAACAUUCUCCUUAUGUUUUUCUAACCUCUGUAUUCUGAUAUCCUUUCUGCAACCCUGUAGUACAUCAAUAAUAAAUCUACAAUUCUUUGUCGUGUUCUGAUCCAUUGUUUAAUUAAUCAUUAAAAUAAAUUAAACAUCAUCAACCCUGCAGUGUUCUUGGAAGGUUAGUUCAAGGUUAUAAAAAUAACCAUUAGAAUACAUUCUUUAUAAGUUCUUUUUACUGUAGGUUAUCACACAAAAACCUCCCUGCAACGUUCCCAGAACGUUAGUUUAUGGUUAUAAAAAAAAUAGAACCUAAAGAAUGUUCUAGAAUGUUAAGAAUUGGUUCCCAAAACAAUAACCAAAUGGGAAUCAUAUGCUUAAGGAAAACAUUCUGUGUUUGCUGGGUUUAAGCUGCCCUAAACCCCUCUAAGACCAUCAAACCAGACCAGCUUGUCCAGCAAACCACCUUAGACUGGUUUAAGCUGUUUUUUUUUUUUUUAUCUGGGAAGAAAUCAAAAGCUUUGCUUUGUGUUGGUUGCACAGUUUUGAUGAACAUCAAACCAGUUUAGCAGCUGGACUGAAGUGGCCCAAAUUCAGAGCUGCUGAUUGGCCGAUUAUAAUCCAUAAGACAUAUAGGUCUGAGAAAAUUGUCUUAUUUUGAAUUGAAGAUGUGCCAUGAAUGGACACUGCGUUUGGAAUUGUAUUAGGAUUAGAUGAGCGACGUAAUCUGAGGUGAUAACAUUUAAAGCCUUGGCAGACACCGGACAUAUUUGAGGUGGAGAAUAUUCCAAUAUAUUAUGCCGACACAAUCCUGACAGACAUUCUCUCAGCCUACUUGGACUGUUACCUGUGUCUGUUUCUUUUAUGAAAACCUAGUCAAAGAAGUUUGGUCUGUCACUUUUUUCUGUAUCCCAGUGAUUGCAUGCAAAAAUGCACCUCCUCUUGGAUUUGACAAUCCUUCUUUUAUGCCACUCAGCAGGAAGUGACAUUUGUAAAUAGUGUACUAUAUGUUCUUUUUUCAUUUUGUAACAGCAAACAGCAGUGCUGUCUAGCACUUCUAUUUAUGUACAAAUGCUCCUCUGUAUAACACUCUGCAGUCCGUUGGAAUAAAAAUGUUUUGCAAUAAAGGUAUUCUUGUGUCACUACUUACUAAAUUGAAAAACUCCUUAUGAGAGCAACAAGCCAUGAGAAUUGCAGUGAUUUAACAUG